AUGCUCCACAACGUUACACUCAAAAUAACCCUCAACCUCCCGCCCAUUGACCCCCGCCCACCCAUCCCUCCAAGGAUCUACAAACGUCUCUACUUCCACCUCUCCAACAUCCUCCCUUCCACCUCCUCCACUCCCGGCCGUGGUGGAAAUGGAACCCCCAGAAAGGACUCAACGACAACCACUCCCCGAAGUCAACGGACAACAACACUCAACAAAACCCCCACCUCCCGACUCCGCGACCAAACCGACCGCGAUGACCUCAGCGCUUCUCCCUCAGCAGGACGAAGUAUCCGCCAGUCAGCUAGUGGCAGGACAACAACAACCCCCGGCACAGGCACAGGAAAAGGCAAAGAAAAACCCCUCCACCAAUUCCGCGGCACCUUAUUUCCUCGCAACAGCCCUGCUUCUGUGGGGUUACCAAGCUGGAUGAAACCCACUCUCCGCUUUUUACUCAAAGAACUCGGCCCUUCGCACAUCGGUCCCGUGGUGAUGUCCGGUAUCGAAUCGAUCGUUGUUCGUCACGGCAAGUGGACGGAGGACGAGUGGGUUAAUGCCAACCUUGUUUCGCUAAUGGGUGCGCUGUACCUGUUUGUUUGGCGGGGAGUUACCUGGCCGGGAACGGAUAUUGAUGAGGGGGAGUACGUGGCUAUGAGGAAAAAGGUUGUUAUGACGCUGAAAAAGGCGAGGGAGCAAGUGAAGGUGACUGUUGAACUUGGAAACGGAAAAGAAGAGGAGGAGGAUAAUGAGAAGGUGUGGGAGGGGUGGGGUGAUGUAAAGCUGAAAGAUCUGAAUUUGGCUACUUUGCAUAUCGGGACAUCAGGGUGGUUGGAGAUGGAUUGGGCUGCUGGUGUGGAGGAUUUAGCGAGGACGGUCCUUGACAAAGAGGAUCAGGACGCCGCCUUUGAGGAUGGACAGGGCGGCGCGAAUAAGGUUGAAGUUGUCCGCGUUGGGCAAGGGGAUAGCAUGUUCCAGGAUCGGUAUGAUUACCUGGGCGAACGUAAGCAGAAGGAGUAUGCGAUUUGGAAGCAAGGAAUUCUGAAGAAGAUCAAGGCGUUGGAGAAUCCUGCUGCUAGCAGCACCACGGCGACGCCUCGUGGAAAGCGGAAAGCGCCCGAGGCCAAUAUGGACAUGGAUUGA